CGUUCUGCCACCGGGAGCCGUUCUAGGAGUUCGCCUGCUUCCCGCGUCGAGUCCUUACCUUCCUAGCUUUCACCCGCUGCACUGCCCCCCGCGUCCCGCUCCGUUCUAGCCGACCCAGGGCUGGAGAACACAGAUUUCAGCUUAUGUGGAGAACUUGUUGUGGAAGCCACCUAUAAAUCCAUUUACCGAAUUUAUGGAGAAGCCUACAAAUGAUGGAAGUCAUUCAGAAGAACUCUUUUCCCAUUUUAAAAGUAUACCAGAGAAAGAACAUUUACCACGGCAUGCCAGUGAAAGUCAUCUCAGCUGCCUAAAGCAGGACAUCCUAAUUGAGAAGACCAAAUUGGAAGCAACAUUUAAGGAAGCCGAGUUAGCAACUUGUUCUGUAGAAUUACUUUUGCCAGUAUUUAAGGACACCAUUGAAGAGAUUAGUUUUGAAAAUACUGAUCUUUCUGCAUCCAAUUUGAAGAUUUCUAAACAGAAGGAAAUAUUAAGAAAAGAAUUAGACUCUUUUAAAGAUUUAAAACAAACUUUAGAACAUCUUCUUAGAAAGACAGAACACCAACAGAGAGGGGACAGUUUCUCCAGCUUGUUAGAUAAGCUAGCUGAUAAUGAAAGUGAAAACACUAAUCUUAAGACGAAGGUACUUGAAAAGGAGACCUAUAUCCAAGAACUUUCUUGUUUGUUUCAGAAUGAAAAGGCAAAUGCUUUGAAAGCAAGCCGUUUGUCACAAUCAGUAAAAGUAGUACAUGAACGACUACAGUUCCAAAUUCAUAAAAAGGAAGCAGAGAAUGAUAAAUUAAAAGAACACAUAAAGAGCUUAGAAACCAAAAUAUCAGAAUGGAACUUGCAAUUGAAAAAGAGUAUGCAUGAGGCUGUAACGAUGAAAGAAUCAAGUAGGCAAAAAGCUAUAGCUCUAAAAAAGGCAUCUAAAAUUUACAAACAAAGAAUUAAACAUUUUACUGGAGACGUGGAAAAUCUUACUUCCCAAAUUAGAGAGCAGGAAGCCAAGUUGUCUGAAAUAGUUUCAGCUUCCAACGUCUGGAAAAGUCAUUAUGAGAAAAUUGCAAUAGAAAAAACUGAAUUGGAAGUUCAGAUCGAAACAAUGAAAAAGCAAAUUAUUCAUCUUUUGGAAGACCUGAAGAAAAUGGAAGACCAUGGAAAAAAUUCAUGCGAAGAAAUUCUUAGAAAACUUCACUCAAUUGAAUAUGAAAAUGAAACUCUGAAUCUUGAGAAUACAAAAUUAAAGACUACACUAGCUGCUUUGAAGGACGAGAUUGCCUCUGUUGAAAAUGAGCUCUUAGAAUUGCAAGAAGUAGAAAAACAACAGAAAACUCUUAUUGAAGUUUAUAAAGCUCAGAUACAGAAGUUGCAGGAAGCAGCUGAAAUGGUGGAAAGCAGAUGUGAAAGUUUGCUACAAGAGAAUAACCUAAUAACAAAAAACAAAAAUAAAAAAUUAAAGAAGGUGAGAGGCCAGAUGGAGUCUCAUCUGAAGGAGUUAGAGCACAACCGCGAUUCCUUGACGGCAGCAGAACAGAGGCUUCACGAGUGUCAGGAGAGCCUGCAGCACCACAAGGGGAAAUGUGCAGACCAAGCACACGCCAUUAGGGAGCUUCAGGGCCAGGUUGAUGAAAAUCAUGAUCUUUUGACAAAGCUUUCUCUGGAAGAGGAAAAUUAUCUUAUUCAGUUGAAAUGUGAAAACCUUAAACAAAAAUUAGAACAGAUGGUUGCAGAAAAUAAAGAGCUUGAAAAGAAGCUGGCAAACCAAGAAGGAUGUCUUAAGCAUACCAAUCUUGAGUUUAAAGAGAAAUCUGCAGAAUAUAGAGCAUUGGCCAGACAGCUGGAAGCUGCUGUAGAAGAAGGAAGACAAAAGGUUUCUGAAGAAAGAGAGAAAAUGUCAUCUAGAGAAAGGGCUUUACAAAUUAAAAUAUUAGAUCUGGAAACUGAGCUUAGAAAGAAAAAUGAAGAACAAAAUCAACUUAUUUGCAAAAUGAACAGUAAAGCACAACAUCAGGAAGUAUGUUUGAAAGAAAUACAGCAUAGUCUUGAAAAGUCGGAGAAUCAAAAUGAGAGUAUUAAGAAUUAUUUACAGUUUCUUAAAACUUCUUAUGUAACAAUGUUUGGAUAAAUUGUUGGAUUAUUUUCUAUAAGCAAUAGGUUUUUACUAUGAGUCUAAAAAGUAAUUAGAUAAAAAUUAAAUAUACUAUCUGUUGCUAUAUUUUAUGAUUUAUGGGUGGUACUAUUAGGGUUUUUAUGUAAAGAUUUUUGAAACAAUUUAUUAUCCAGUUGAAACUUUAAAACAAGAUACAUGUUAGUAUUCCUUUUUUGCUGGAUAAUCUUCACUUAGCUCUGGAUUAAUAUCUAUUUAAUUUAUUUUGGUUUUUGGAAUAUUUUACACACAGAAAAGAAGCCAGAAUCAUUCUUUGUAGCAACCAUUCAAGUGAAUUUGUAAUAAACCUAGGCCAAUUAUGAGCCAAAUACAUGAUUUUAAAUAAUGUAUAUAAUUGUUUUACAUUAUGGUGCUGUAUAUUUAUAUAUUAAUAUAAUAAAGGAAAAUA